AACUGCCCUUCAGAAGGCAUGUGAAAUGGUGAUGGUGCCUUAGGGCAUUUUGCGUGUGCUCAGUCCUCCAAUUGGCAUUUCUGUGCCCCCACAGCCUGUGCACUGAGGAACCAGAAAAGCUGGUCAGUUAUGGUCCACGUGAUGUUUUGGUUAGGUCACUGUGUAGACAGCUGGGAGUUAGGGUUAGGUUUAGGGUUAGGUUUACGGUCACCCUCGUGGCAGUGCUACCUGGACCAGCGGGAAAGCAUCCAGUCAAAUCUAGAUGUUUAUUUUCACAGGGCUCAUUUCGAACCAUUUAAAAUAAACUUGUCAAAUAAAUUUGCACCAGGGAAGUAGCUGUUUCUGUGCUGAGGGGUUCUGUUAUUACUAAACAUUCCUUGGCCGCCACCUAGUGGUCCUUAGAAGUAUGAGCACAUGGUUGUUUUUUUGGACAUAGUAUAUCACUGCAUUACGACUAUGCCAGCUGCUGGACAUUUCCAACUGUUUAUUGCUAUUGUUUUAAGGACAGAUCAACUCAUGUUAGAGGAGGGGAAACGUGUUCGGGAAUGUGCUGUCAUGGUGACCUUUGGUACCGUUGCGUAAACAGCGCUCGUAAAAAACCCACAACAGCACAGUGAAUAAGCUCUCUGUGGCUUUGGUUCUGCCUUUCUGUGCUGCCCAAUAGAAAACAGAUUUAUUUUAUGGGGAAAUACAGCUGCUUAUUCCAAAACCAUUCCCUGGAAUAAAGACGGAAUCGCAGAGAGACCAUGAGGAACGCCGGCUGGAUGGAGCGUCUCUCCAUGGGACCCUUGAUCUUGUUGGUGACGAGCCUCUGCACGGUGACAGCGUUAACGUGUGAAGGACAGUGUGGACAACAGCUGCAGGCGUGUUCCUGUCACGCUACGUGCUCGUCUCUUGGGACCUGCUGCACAGAUUACCGGCAGUUCUGCCUGGUGGUGUCUCCGUACUCAGGGACGAUGUUCGGUGGGACGGACUUUGUAGUCCUCAAUGCAACAUUUCCAUUGGACUCCACUGUUAUCUGCAGGUUCAACGGCGACGUUUACACGGCUGGCUAUGUGGACGUCGAAGGCAGGGCUCACUGUAUCUCCCCCUUACUCUAUGAGACUGGGUUUGUUCCUUUUGAAAUAUCCAUGGACGACGGAGUGACAUUCAACAGGACAGGGAUGUGGUUAUCAGUGCAUUCUGGGAAACUGGAGGCAGAGUUCAAGGUGGCUCUGGGCAAUGCUACGCAGUGGCAGUACUACGGCACGGCAGGCGUCGGGGGCUGCCUCAGCCUGUCAUGGAAGCCCUGGCAGAUCAGAGCGGACACGGUCAACAUAGAACUCUGGGCCUACCGGGAGACGGGGGAGCCCUACUCGGUUUCCUGGGCCUCCGAAUGGAAGUACCUAUAUUCUCUGGGGAAGGGGCUGCCCAACAAUGGUAGCUUCAGCUUUGUUCCAAAGCCUGCUGAGAGCCCUUUCUCUGAAUGGGAGCUUGGAGCUGUGCGAGUCAGUGCCGGCUCAUACCCUGAUGGGACAAGGGAUGUUCAUGCCGCCUGGAGUGAGGACCAUGCCCUGGCCUGGCACCUCGGCGAUGCCUUCCGGCAGGACUCUGUCGCCUGGGCGACGGCGAAGUGCCUGGCCUGGGACAUGCUGGAGAGCCGGUUGCCGAACUUCCUUAACGAGACGCUCGACUGCCCCUGCACUCUGGCCCAGGCGCGCGCCGACACCGGCCGCUUCCAUACGGACUAUGGCUGUGACAUAGAGAAGGGCAGCGUGUGUACCUACCACCCAGGCAGCGUCCACUGCGUGCGAGCCAUACAAGCCAGCCCUAAGUACGCCGCUGGACAGCAGUGCUGCUACGACGCCACAGGCUCCCAGGUGCUGACGGCGGACUCCAUCGGGGGCAGCACCCCCGACCGGGGGCAUGACUGGGGGUCGCCGCCCUACAGGCGCCCUCCGAGGGUGCCCGGGGCAUCUCACUGGCUGUACGACGUGCUCAGCUUCUACUACUGCUGCUUGUGGUCUGACAACUGCCAGUACUACUUUAAACACCGGCCAUCAAGCGACUGCAGGACCUACCGGGCUCCAAAAGCAGGUGUGGCGUUUGGCGACCCCCACUUUGUAACGUUUGACGGCAUCAGCUAUACCUUCAACGGGCAGGGGGAGUACUACCUUGUGCGGGCGGCCAGCAAAGGCUUGACCAUUCAAGGGCGGACGGAGAGGGUGAAGAUGGAGAACGGCACCCUAGCAAAGGCGGCCAUGUUGUCUGCGGUGUCCAUGCAGGAGAAGACCUCUGACAUCAUCGAGGUGCGUCUGGCCAGCCAGCGGGAUCACCUGCAGCUGCUGAGGAACCAGCAGGUCCUCUCCUUUGCCGAGCAGAGCUGGAUGGACCUGUCAGGUGUGUUUGUUUUUUCGCCGAUCCCACAGAACAUUACUGUUAUGUUCCCUUCUGGCGCGGGGGUGGAGGCACGGGGCCGUGGGGGGGCCCUGGCCGUCACUGUACUGCUUCCCGAGGAGUUCUCCGGCGACACGCUCGGCCUGCUGGGUCAGAUGAACGGCGACCCCGCGGACGACCUGGUUGCCAGCGACGGGCAGGUCCUCCCACCAGACCAGAACAGUCCAGAGGACCUCUUCUCCUUCGGGGCUGGCUGGCAAAUAGAGAACGAGACGUCCCUGUUCACCUACGACUCCCCUUAUCUGCUGGACACCUACUGCUUUGCGCCCAAGCACAACCCGGACUUUGUGCCCGCCUUCUCGGUGCCCGAGGACCCCAGCGACCCGCUGUACGCGCAGAUGAGUGCGCUGUGUUCUGGCGAGGGCUUUCCGCUGUGCCGCUUCGACACGCUGGCAGCCCGCAGCCUGGACAUGGGCAAUGCCACACGCGAGGCCUUCCUGGCACAUGUGUCAGUCGUGGAGGAUUUGAGGCCAGUGGUGUCCUGUGGCUGGCUGGGCCCUCCCAGCAACGGCAGAAAGGCAGGGACGCAGUACCUCCAGGGGGCAACGGUCAAUUUUGCCUGCGAUCCUGACUACGUCCUCUCGGGGUCGCCAGAACGUACCUGCCAAGCAGAUGGCCACUGGUCAGGUGACCCCACUCACUGUGUUCGGGAUAACAUCCUGGGAAUUGUGCUGGGCAGUGUGAUUGGGUCCAUUGCGCUGGUCACCUUGAUAGCAACAAUUGUAAGCCACAGCAAAAAGCAGCAGAGAAGGGCGCCCGAGACGGAGGCCAACGACAUCUGAGUGAUGGAGCACCAUGAGCGACUGCUUCUUCUAGUUCUGGUCAUCCCCAAAUUUGUGACGUCUGGUUUACUCUACCUACUUUCCACCAGGACAACACUCAAGAGAUUCAAGGUUCAAGAGUUUUAUAAGUCACACACACUUUUAUACAGGUUCAACACGCAGUGAAAUGAAAAGCUAGUCUGCUCCAAGAUUGUGCAAAAAAACCCAGGAAUCAACCCCAGAUCAUAUGAAGAGGAAUCUUGCACGAUACCACUACACCAACAGCACUCAACCAAUCCCAUGGUGGCUCAGGCUGAUUCUUCAGCAACACAUUUCCAUUGGCGGCACUGGGACGAUUGGACACGGGAUCUGCAUGAGUGGACUGUUGGUCUGUCAGUACAUGCAGGGGUAAUACCAGCUAUUUCACUGGGCAGCGCCGUCCCUGAUUGCUGGCUGCUUUUUAGAUUUCGUUCUGUAAAUACUAGCUAAAUGAAGUCAUGGUCCGUUACUGUUCCUAGUGUAAACCCAUCUUCUGCCACAAACUCGCAAAAAACGGGGUUGUGGGGAACUCCCCACAUCAUUUAAUCUUUCAUCUCACUCCUGUGAGGAGAAACGCAGUGCCCGUUGGUGUAAUAUGGGAUUUGCAUACAAGGUUUAUGCCUUUGCCUUUGACUCAUGGACAGCACCAGCACUAUUGGGGCAUUUUCUGGGUGUGACGGACAUUAUUUCCCCCCUCAUUCCUCUGUGUUCCUGUCUUAUCCUGUCAUAUGACCUGAAGCUGUAAUUUGAUGUGAAAAUUAGAAGAAAAGAUGAAAAAUCAUAAAGGACGCCCUGAAAAACA